AUGACCAAGAAGAGAAGAAACAACGGCCGUAACAAGAAGGGUCGCGGCCAUGUGAACUUCGUCCGCUGCUCCAACUGCUCGCGCUGCGUUGGCAAGGACAAGGCCAUCAAGCGCUUCACGGUCCGUAACAUGGUGGAGAGCGCGGCUGUUCGUGAUAUCAGCGAGGCCAGCGUCUACCAGGAGUACAUUGUGCCGAAGCUCUACCUCAAAAUCGCAUACUGCGUGUCGUGCGCGAUCCACUCGCACGUUGUCCGUGUCCGCUCUCGCGAGGGUCGUCGCAACCGCGCGCCGCCUCCCCGCGUGCGGUGGAAAGACGGGAAGAAGGUUAACCCUGCAGUUGCCGCCGCCGAGGAGGCCAAGGCGGCAGCUGCAGCAGCAGGCAAAGUCUAA